ACCCGCCUGGCAUAUUAUACACACCGAAGUAGUCUUCCGUAGGGUCGGAUAGAAUACACUUAGAAGGCAUUCUGUCGAAAUGUACCUGUGUGGGACUACCAGUCUAAAAUCUACGUACAUAUCCGUGUGGUAACAUUCUAAUUACAUGUAAUUAUAAAAUUACUAGACUGAACUCUCAAGCGAAUGUUUAAUUGUAAAAUAAACACGAUUUGUGACUCAACAUCUGCUUCUUCUUCAGAACAACAUGUGCGCACACUAUUCUGUAUUUGUUCCGUAUGUAUAUAAGACCUUUCCUUCGUCACAGUGAUGGAUUUUGUAAUGUUUAGGACAUGUUUUAUGCUCCUGGUGACAUUUACUGUACUUUUUGUGUUCACCAUGCUCCUCACCGUCCGUCAUGAUGGAUUUAUUCGGGUGGGGCCUCUCAAGAUUCGGUUAUCUACAAGUACAGAAACAUACAAAGUUAAAUUACGUAAUACAAGUGUGCCCGUCCUCAUCUUUACCUACAUGCGAAGUGGUUCUACACUGACAGGCGACAUCCUUCAGCAUCACCCAGGCAGCUUUUACGUGUUCGAACCACUGCGUUACAUAGACGAAGAUAUCGACAAGGCUCGAACUGUGCGCUUUUAUAACGGCACCACAAGGUACUUAGGGAUUCGCAAGCAGCAGAAAGUAUGGAUCCAUGCUGAAAUGAUGUACAGAUGGUUAACUUGUGACUUUCGCUUUAUCAACAUCAAAGACCUGACUAGCCAGUUCUUGGGAUCAUUCUCCUUGACAUCGAAAAAUUACGCCAAAUGUAUUCAUGACAAUAAAACAACAAUAAGAGCCGUGAAGAGAUGUAUUACCUUGUUAGAAAAACCGUGUGCCAGGAGUGAUUUAAGAAUCGUUAAAACCAUACGAAUGGCCAUGGAAUCUGUGAAUCUGUUAUUACAGCGGUUACCGGACCUGAAAGUCAUAUACUUGAUUAGGGAUCCUCGAGGAAAGCUGUCUUCUCAAAUCAUGGCUUAUGGUCAAAACUGGGGCGCUGUCAUGACGCUAGCGAAGGAAACAUGUGACAGAAUGAUGGUAGAUACUAACAUGAUGAGUGAACUUAAACAAAAAUAUCCAGACAGAAUUCGUCUUCUUUUGUACGAGACGUUAGCCAGACGACCUGUAGAGACGUCUGGUCGAAUUUUUGAAUACUUAAAUAUUAAUUUUACUAAUAGCAUUAUGCUUUCUAUUCGCUCGUUAACAUCGGGUGCUCCUGGUAAAAGAGAUAGAUGCAUUUGGUGCUCGAAGCGGGGUAAUUCACGAAAAAUAGCAUACAAUUGGAGAAUUAAAACGAAUGUUUUGCACCUUGAUUACAUAGACCAGACCUGUGCCAGUGUCUAUAAAAAGGUUGGAUAUGUUCUUUUCAAAGACUCGCAUGACUUUCGAAACUUGAACAAACCGUUGCUGGAAUACUCGCCAUUCACAGAAGAUGCCUUGUAGCUAAACAUUAACAUUUUUAAGACUUGAUAUUGUUUCUGAUAAAGAGUAUCAAAAAUAUUUCAAAUUGCAAUAGGAUUUCCACCAAAUAAAAAAGAUAGAAAGUGACUUUCCGUCAAAUAUUUGCUGGAAGAAGAGAGAAGUUGCACUUUUUAGAGCAAAUUUUUAUUAAUUCCAUUUCUUAGUAUUUUUCAUAACAACACUGAUUAAUACUUGUUAUCAACAGGAAAUUAACAAAUAUGAAUAAACAACCUUGUAUGAUAUAUUAAACGAUAAAAACGAUCGGAACCCAGGUGAUGAAAGGUAUUCCAUUGUAUUUAGAUUGGUCAGCUAUUGACAAUAUACGCCAAAGAAAAUUGUAAAUAUGAAUAUAAAGCAAUGUCACGUUUUUAUAUAUUUAACUGAACUGCGUGCCUCAUUUAUUUAAGUUAUAUAUUUAUAUAUAUAUAUAUUGACAUACACAAUGUAGCUGAUUCAUACAUGUAAAACUAAACAUGUCGUUAAGAUGUACUUAACCUGUCAUCGUGUUAGUUAUUACAUUAUAACCGGGAUUAGUGUUAAGUUUGUCGCAGUUAAGGAUAUAAAUACCACCUAUAAUAUGUUAUCUGUGAGUUGGUUUAUAGUUAAACGCACAAAUGAUAUAAUCUACAAAACAUUGUUUACUAAUGAGUUGAUAUGCACUUUCUAACACGUUAUGCUUAUUAUGUUUGAUAGAGUUUUCUCCCUUAAGGAUAUAAGACACAUUAUACGUUGCUCUGAUAUGUGUUACAGUAAGCUCCCAUUAUGUGUUUUAAUUAAUAUUUUCAAAUAAAACACCUAUGAUUUUUCAAUAAAUUCAUUCUUCUGUGGCCUUCGAAUGCCUCAUCAUUUAAUAAUUUAGUCCAUGUUACCCAUUUGAAUGGAAUCUUCCAUUUUUGUCGAAUCCUGCGUAGUGUAUAUAGUAGAGUCACAGUGAUAAAAAUAUGAUUAAAAAUUAAAAAUUAUUAACAUUUUGAAAAAUAAUCAUGCUUUUGAUUGCUCAGUCUUCUUUUGUACAGUUAGCGAGAAAAUUACGAUACACACGUCGAUGUUCAAACAAAAACAUUGUGUGGAGUUAUAUUUGAAAAAACGACCAUAUAUUUUUAAAUAUUUCAAACAAAGGUAAAUUGAUAUUGAAAAACAGGAUUAAGUUAUGGUACACAGGACAUGACAUUCACAAGAAAAACAAAGUACAAAAAUAUAACGGAUUUCAUAUUCAUGUUAUAAUCUUAAAUUCUUGAAACAUUUCAUAUAUUUUACAUUUUCAACGUGUCGCAAUGUAAUUACAGUUUCUUCAUCAACUACAGUCAUUAUUUACAUCGUAGCCAUAGCAUUAAUUUAUGAAAUAUAUUGAUUACUUUUAGUGGCAAUACAAACAUAGAACAUGUAUCAGUGAUGGACAUUAACAAAUAAUUCUAUAUAAUUUACAAACAAUGUAUUCAACACAA